AUGGCGCCGGGUCAUGCUGACCUGAUUGGCUGGGCGCGGUGGCUCAAGCCUGUAAUCCCAGCACUUUGGGAGGCUGAGGCGGGUGGUCAAGAGAUCAAGACCAUCCUGGUCAACAUGAAACAACCAGCUAUGCCUUGGGAUCAAAAUCCUGAACAAUCAAAUGGAAAUUACAGUGAAGAUGAACAAAAGGGAAAGCAGAAAUCAAGAGAGGAAGGAGGAGAAGCUGGCGGAAAGAGAGAGCAAGAAAAAGACGAGGAAAUCGAAAAGGAAAUGGAAGAUGAACAGGAAGUAAAAAGCGAAAGGGAAAAUGAGAAACAGAAACAGUAUCCCAAGACAAGAUUAGUCAGCAAAUCCCUCAUGGACACUCUCUGGGCAAAGUUUAAGUUAAACAAGUGCCCCACAAUACAAGAGAGUCUAUCACUCUCAUUUGAAUUUGACAUGACACAUAAGCAGAUAAGUCAAUGGUUCCAUAAAAAGAGGAAGAAAUAUAAUAAAGAAAUGUCCAAGAGAAAGCAUAAGAAAAAACAUAUGAGGUAA